CGUUCCUGACGUCGAGCUCGAGCGCACCUGAUGCUCGUUUUGAAGGCAGAAGGCGGGAGGCGCGAGCCACUUUAAAAGACACGCGCGGAACAGCGGCACUUCGCCUGUGACUCGGUAACGAAGCGGCAGCGUCCGAGGGUCCUCGCCGGUCCAACACACGGUCUUAAACACGCUUUUAAACCCGGUUUUACAGUAACACGGAGCUCUGCAUCGGUCUGCCAGGGUCAACCUCCGCAACAACACAAGCCAACCUGCAUCCAGCAACCAUGUUUGAGACCAGUCGGGAUGAUCUGUUCCUGCCUUCCUACCAAGAUGAGGAGAUGGUGGACAAUCUGCUGUCCAGUGAGGAGUCAGAUGGAGACAGUGGGGGAGUCUCCCUGGCUAAGGCCCUCCUCCCCCUGGUAGAGUCCUCCUCCCCUCCCCUCAUCCCCUGGGUCUGCUCCACUCGCUACAAGACGGAGCUCUGUACCAGCUACUCUGCCUCGGGUCUCUGCAAGUAUGCUGAGCGCUGCCAGUUCGCCCAUGGCCUCCACGAGCUCCAUGUUCCCUUCCGCCACCCAAAGUAUAAGACGGAGUUGUGUCGCAGCUACCACACAACCGGCUACUGUUACUACGGCAGCCGCUGCCUCUUUGUCCACAACCCCACAGAGCAGCGCCCCACCCAGCGCCGCCGUAGGACUGUUGCCUGUCGCACCUUCCGCUCCUUUGGCGUUUGUCCCUUUGGCACUCGCUGUAACUUCCUGCAUGUCGAGAGUGGAGAUGUCGGCAGCGGUCCGGAGUCACCUGGUGUCAGCGAAGAGAAAACUUCGCCUGUCCCCAGCCCCCAGCUUCAACCACAGACCAAAGAGUGGAAGCCACGUGGAGCUCUAUGCCGCAUCUUCAGCUCCUUCGGGUUCUGCCUGUAUGGCACACGCUGCCUCUUCCAGCACGGCCUCCCCAGCAAGAUCAAACCCUCUGAGCAGACCCACGGAGGGUCCCUCUACCCUCCGCUGACCCCUGGCAGUUCAGGUUUACCUUCCCCCGCCUCCUUAUUCACAUCCACCUCACCAAUGUCUUCAACCUCCUCUUCUCCUCUGUCGGCCUCCCCUCUUGCCACCCCAACAGCAGAGGCCACAGCCCACAACGCCUUCACCUUCUCCAGUCAGCACCUCAGUGACCUGCUGCUGCCACUGGCCCUUCACCUGCAGCAGCUGGAGAGCAGCAAGGCCCAGGAGAUCUGGGACAACAGGGCACUCUAACUGCGUGUGGUCCUAGUUAAACAGCAUCAGCACUGAACUCCAGAUGUACUGUGUUUAUAUUUUCCUUAGGGCAUUUUUUUUAAUUUUUUUUUUUUUUUUUUAACCUGAGGUUGUUUGACUUGAGAGCUUGUGUCAGCAGGUUCAGUUGUAGACUGUCAGUCUAUUGAAGGCCUCAAAGGCCUGAUAGUUCUGCAUGAUGGUUGGUCUCCUGAACACUACAGGUGUAGCUAUGAUUGUAAUUUAAACUUUUUCUAUUGUAAAUACUUUAUUAAUGAACCAAGUAAAUGGAAUGUCUGACAGGAGCAUGAAUAAACAAAUUUUAAUCUUAA